UUCUGGUUUGGAGAGGUGGCGAGAGGAGCAGAGUGCAGGGAACAGAGUACCUCUUUUUGGUGGAAUCCGGACCCUGGAAUCUGUGGCUUUAUUCUUGUCUUCUUCGAAUGGUUCGCGGCUGGUAGAGAGCGCGGCUUGAGCGAAGAUGGAUCCGGCGGACGUCGCUCGCGGGAUCCAGGUGAAGUUUUCCGAGCACGUAGUGGCGAUUAGGAAGAUGGUCCCGGCGAGGAGAGCCGUCGCCGGGGGAUCGGGUUGGCGGAAGAGGGUCGUCCGGGUUUAUUUUGACGAUGUCGAUGCCACUGAUUCGUCGUCCAACGAGGAGGGCCGCGGCGUCCGGAGGCGGGUGAAGCGGCACGUGCACGAGAUCGGGAUUGAGGUGGCCGCGGCUCCGCGGCGGAUGGCGUUGGCGGCGCCUAAGAAGGAGGAGGCGGUUGUGGGGGGAGGCGAACGCGGGAAGCGGAGGUUCCGGGGGGUGAGGCGGCGGCCGUGGGGUCGAUGGGCGGCGGAGAUCCGCGACCCGCAUCAGCGGAAGCGGGUUUGGCUGGGAACCUUCGACACCGCCGAGGAGGCGGCGACGGUGUACGACAUGGCGGCCUUGCGGCUGAGGGGGCCGAAGGCGGUGACCAACUUUCCGACCCCGGCAAAAGACGGCGACAUCGCGCCGGUCGAGGCGGGCGGCGCCGAUGGGUCGCGCUCCUCUCCGACGUCGGUGCUCUGCUGCGACGACGUUUUCGCGGUGGGGAAGGAGGACGACGACGGGGCGCCGAUCGAGGCGGGAGGAAUCGCCGGGUCACGCUCUUCUCCGACGUCGGUGCUGGGCUACUGCGACGACCCGGUGCCGUUCGGCGUCGACGCCUUCGGGCUCGGUGUGGAAGCGUCGCCGCUACCUCUGGCGGAGUUCUACUGGCCGAGGCAGCGGUUGUUGGAGAUGGAGUUCGGCGAUUUGGACAUCGACGACUUCCAGUAGCGGAAAACUAACUGCGCUUGCGGUGGCGAGGAGCGUGGCGGCCAGUUUUAUUUUACUGAGUGGGUUAGGAAUUAUUCUAAAAUUAUUAGUAUUUAUCGCUCUUGCUAAUUAAUAUGGAGGUAGUUUUGGUUUUGGCAUAUUUGCCAACGACAACAACAACAACAGUGAGUGAGGUCGUGUGGAGGAGAGCGUGAGACGGCGGCGGACGCCUUUUCUUGGCGUUCACGCUUUGACGUGCAGCCUUUUUCUUUUUCCUUCUUUCUGUGAGCCAAUGAAGAUGUCGUGUCAGGCAAUAAUGAAUGGAUCAUCCGUGAGAUAUUAUAAACAA